CCCAUACCAGGAGUAUAUAUAAAGAGACGGUCUUGAGUUCUACACUCCACCUGAAAAAACAACGUUCGAAUUGGAAAUCUCGAAAGAAGAAAAAACUCAGUGAAAAUGAGACCAAACAUUGUUUCUGAGGCGGGAUUGCAGACAAGGAUGGGACAGUGGUGGGAAGGAAUUCCUGUACUUACAUCUUCAGUGGUGGUUGUUUGUGGGGUAAUUUACUUGGUUUGCCUUUUGGUUGGAUAUGACUCCUUUGCUGAAGUAUGCUUCUGGCCCUCUGCUGUAAUUUCUCGAUUUCAAGUUUACAGGAUUUUCACCUCAAUUCUGUUUCAUGGUUCUCUACUGCACGUUCUGUUUAAUAUGUUAGCUUUGGUUCCUUUGGGUUCUGAGCUGGAGAGGAUUAUGGGAUCUGUGCGCCUGUUAUACAUAAUUGCUCUGUUGGCCAUUAGCAGUGCCUUAUUCCAUCUUCUUAUAGCAUUGUUGGUUGCUCAUAAUCCCUUUCAUCCUUCUCCAUACUUUAUGGACGAAUGUGCUAUAGGUUUCUCAGGCAUCUUAUUUUCAAUGAUUGUGAUUGAGACGAGUCUAAGUGGGGCUCAAACUAGAAGUGUGUUUGGGCUUUUCAACGUGCCUGCUACAUGGUAUGCAUUGAUAUUAUUGGUGGUGUUUCAGCUUGUUAUGACUAAUGUCUCCUUACUUGGACAUCUGUGUGGUAUUUUGUCUGGAUUUGCAUGUACAUAUGGAUUGUUCAAUGUUUUGAUACCGGGGACUUCUUUCUUCUCGGCUAUUGAAUCUUCCUCAUAUCUAUCAACUUGCGUGAGGCGACCAAAGUUUAUUAUGUGCACUGGUGGUAAUGGUGCAGGAUACCUGCCCACACAUUCAAAUCAAACUGUAACCUCCAGAAGUGGAGUGCUUUCUGGAAAUAUUUGGGAGAACCUUUCUUCAUGGAUGCCACAGAGAGAGAACUCUGCUCAGCCGGUGGCAGAUGAUACCAGGUUUCCUGGGAGAGGAAGAACUCUGACUUCUCAAACCUCCACUGGAAAUCAGGAUUCAACAUUACAGGCCAGGCUCCUGAGUGGUAGCGAGAGCCCUGAGCGUAUUUCAGCUCCAGCGGCAAUAGGUGGAGAGCGGAGCUUAACUGGAAGACAAUCGGCAGUAGAUACUACGGCCGGAGCUACCAGACCGCUAGGACAGCAGGGCUCUAUUCCCUCAGAUGAAAAGGUUCAGAAGCUAGUUGCAAUGGGUUUUGAGAAGACACAAGUAGAAGUUGCACUGGCAGCAGCUGAAGGGGACUUAAAUGUUGCUGUGGAAAUUUUAAGCCAGCAGGGUUAAUAAUAUGAAAUGCAAUCAUCAGAUUAACAUCACUACAUGAUUCAAAAUGCCAAGGCUCUGCAAAACCAGUUAUCUUACCACUUGCCCUGGGUUCUUCCUCUUUUUUGUAUAUAUUUUCUGACAUCAAAUUUACCCAAUAGGCAAUAGUUUCCGGGAGAAAGCCUUUAUGUGUGUGAUUUACGUCUGACCCACAUAAAGCAGAUCUUAAUUGUAUACAGUAUCUACUUUUGUGGUUUUAAAUGCUGCAAUAUCAAUGAAUUAUCUUUUCCUGUCUUUCCA